AUGGAGCUGUCAAACAAAACCACAACAAACCCUGACGUUUUCGAGAUACGCAAUUUUGACACUUACAUAAUUUGGUGCAACCAUUGGAAAGCGCCAAUGAUUCGCAGCUUUUGGAAACGCUACAGGGUCGUGAUCAUCUUUCCAGCGCUUGCGUUCGGCUCGAUUGCGGCAGACUACAACUACACCCGGCAGUGGAAGAAGGCUCGGUUGGAGCAUAACAAACAGCUGGUUCAGCACGCGUAA